UCAGAAGGCCGAACGAAUUGGAAAUGAUACAUCGCACCUUUCUGUUGCUCGUCUUCUGUAUCUUAGGAUUCACUAUUGCAGCCCCUUAUUAUGGAACAAAAAUAGGCAAAUUCAACACCCAUUUUCAUGACGUAACUGGAGAUGUUUACGCUGUCGAUGACAAGAGAAUAUUCGUCAAAGGGUUUACUUACGAUGGAGCUGGACCAGAUGCUUUCUUCUGGGCUGGAAAGACCUCCAGACCGGAUGCCACCGGUUUCAUAAUCCCAGACGAAAAAGGAGGAACCAAACCUCUGAAAGCUUACCGCAAUAAAGAUUUGCUCUUGAAAUUACCAGAAGGUAAAACACUGAAAGACAUCAAAUGGCUAGCCGUUUGGUGCAGAAAAUUUCACGCCAACUUUGCCGAUCUGCCAAUUCCUAGAAACUUACAAAUACCCAGACCCACUAAUAUUGGCAAGAUGUCAUCCUUACAGCACGGCGUUUCUUCCGGCAAGGUCAUGGUCCUAGAUUCGCAAACAUUUUUGGUGCCAGAUUUUACCUACGAUGGACAAGGACCCGCUGCUUAUUGGUGGGUAUCUAAAGGGGCCAGACAGAACGAACGUGGAUUGAGAUUGAAAGAUGAAAAUGGAAGCCCCGCUCCACUUCCUCAAUAUACUGGCAAAACUGUAGUGAUAUCCCUACCUGAUAUCAAAAGUAUUUACGAUUAUGACUGGUUGGGUGUGUGGUGCGAAGAAUUUAAUGUCGAUUUCGGAAACGUCAAGAUACCUCAUCAUAUUGCGGUUCCUCCAUCUUUGAAUAGUUUAGGAGUUAAGACUGAGAACAAGUUGAACUGCGAAGUCCUCCUCGACGAUUUAGGUUUCGAGUUAAGAUGGGUGGUAGAAGAAAAUGACGUCAUUAUGCAGCUGGUUGCAAAAAUAGAUAAAGAAGAAUAUAUGGCUUUUGGAUUUAGCAAGAACGAUACUUUCACUCAGAUGGUAGAUGCUGAUGCUAUAAUUACGUGGAUAGAUGGGGCCAAUCGAGGUCACGCUGUUGAUUAUUAUUUGGAGUCGAAACAACAAUGCGUGGGGAAUCGCGGUGUAUGUCCAGACACUAAGUAUUCUUCGGCUCAAGAAAAUGUAGUGCUCAUGAAUGCGGCGAUCGUAAAUGGUUACACCAUGAUAACUUUCAGGCGUCCUCAGUUGGGUGUUGAUGCGAAAUAUGAUCAACAUAUCUACUCGGAUGGUCCUCAAGCAGUUAUGUGGGCAAUUGGGCAGAUAAACAAUCGAGGAGAGGCUUCUUAUCAUAAGCACAAGACGAAAGGAAACUAUCUGAUCGACUUCUUUCGACCACCUCUUUGGAACUGUCCCGAACCAGGUGACUAUUCAUCUGAGCACAAAGAAACGACCACCACUACAACUACAGAAGAACCAAAAACUGAUGCUUGGGACAUACAACCUAUAGUAUGCCCAGCGGAUCAAACAUUUAGGGUACAGAUUGGUCCAACUGGAGGCAAGCGCGGUUAUCAGGCUAUUACCGGAAACGUCGGAUGGGGCAUUGCCUGGUAUGUUAAUGGAAUAUUGGUACCGGAACUAACAGUACAACGCGGUAAAACGUACACUUUCCUGGUAGAAGGUGGCUACGACGCACAGAAUCCUUCUCGUCAUCACCCUCUCUACAUUACAGAUGAUCCGGAAGGUGGUUACGAAUAUAAAUCGGAGGCGAAUAAACGAAAAGUAACCAUCUUUGCUGGUGUAGGUAUUAAUAGAAGCGGAAAAGUUGUACCAACUGCAACUGGAAGACUUUGCGAGUGGAAGAUCCCCACUAAUCGCACAGUUAAACCUGAUGACUACGAGACUUUCGAAAAUUUCCAACGACAGUUGACAUUGAAAUGUGAAAAUGGAAAGGCAGGAGUCAUGUCGUGGAAACCAGAUAGAAAUACACCAGAUCUUGUGUACUAUCAGUGCUUCACUCACCGAUUUUUGGGCUGGAAGAUUCACGUUGUAGACUCUUGUAAAGAAGACAGAAUUUUAGAGCCAUCGGCUAGUGGAAGAACAACCAAUAACAUUUAUUACAAGACAGAUAAUCAUUUGUUAAAAACCACAACGGCAGCACCCGUUGAUUAUGAAAUUAUAUAUUAUGACUAUGUAGACGAGCUAGAUAAUAAAACUUCCACCGAAAUAUAUCCAGAUAUCAUCAAAGUAAAGAAUCAGCAUUAUCCUCCUACAUCUUCAGUCACCAAAUGGCCCGCUGCAGUAUUCACACCAGAAAGAGUGACAACCAGGCCAACUCAUCGACCUACUUAUCGAUUUACCACCACCACCACCACCACUUCAACACAAAGACCUCGAAAACAGACUGUUAGAAACAAUUACCAAAGCUAUCCUUACAGGGGGACAACUAGAAGACCCUUUUCCAAACCCAGUAAUGUAUAUCAAGAAGGGUUUGUUCCCUUGAUUAUUCGAACCAACAGAACUCUAGAAGAUUUGUUUCAAGGAAAACCACGAAGAGAACCAAUAUCUCGCCACGACACUGUCAGUUCAUCGAACCAGCCUAAAUUUGGAGAAAGGAUAAGGAAACCAGGAUCUGUUCCUUUGUUGGUACAUAAUGCAAAUAAUUUAAAACAUAAGAAUAAUUUCCUUUCUUCUGUUCUACCUACCGAUAUUCGUUUCUCUACCCUGAUACCGGAUGAUAAACAUCCGAAACCUUCCAAAGGUCCUCUCUUGCCAAUGUUGGUACCCUUACCACACGAAAAUUUGAAAAAUACAAGAAUCAAUCAUAGGCAUAAAGAGAAACCUAAGCCUUUAAUUCCUAUAGUAUUGAGAAGUGGACAAGGUCCUAAUGCCACUUACCCUAUUUUAGAUCACGUACUUUCUCUGAUUGCAGAAGACCAGUAUCAUCCGGGGUUCGCGUCAUCCAGAUUUUCUCGAGUGUAA